AUGUCCAAUAUACUCUUUGAUGAUAUCUUCCAAGUAGGAGAAAUUGAUCCUGGUCGUUACAAUAGAAUUGGCCGUAUCGAAGCUACAUCAACUACUCAAGAACAAUGUAAAUUGACAUUAGAUAUAAACACAGAAUUAUUCCCAGUGAAUGCUCAAGAAUAUUUAACUGUCACUGUAGCAUCUUCUUUAGAUGUUGAUGGUAAAUCAACUAGUGACUCAGCAACAAAGAGUUGGAGACCACAACAACCUGGUGAAAGAUCUUUAGCAGAUGAUUAUGAAUACGUUAUGCAUGGUACAGCUUAUAGAUUUGAAGAAGUUAGCAAAGAUUUAAUUGCUGUAUAUUAUUCAUUUGGUGGUUUAUUAAUGAGAUUAGAAGGUAAUUUCAGAAAUUUAAGUAAUUUGAAACAAGAAAAUGCUUAUUUAUUGAUCCGUCGUUAA